AUUUCGCGUGAGGAAAAUUUGGUCAGUUUGCUUUCACUAACCAGUCAACAUGCGUCGGAUUAUCAUCACACUUUAUCUGUAUGGAAUUGUGUUAGAUGGAAAAUGUUGGACCGAAGAAUUACCAUCAUUCCUCAAAAUAUGCCGGAGGAGUGAUCCAAAUUUGAAUGAGUGCAUCAAACGCAGUGUGGAUCACCUAAGGCCUUAUCUCCAGACUGGAAUACCUGCUUUCAAUAUUCCUCCGUGUGAACCACUUCAUGUACCUGAGAUAGCAAUUAGUCAAGCGGCAGGACCUGUAUCAAUCAGCUCUUCUUAUUCCAAUAUUCAAAUUGGAGGUGGAUCAGAUUUCAAUUUGAAGAGUGUUAAAAUCGACACGGAUAAAGAUCGAAUUCGUUUGAAACUCUACAUUCCUCGAUUAACGAUGUUAUCAGACUACAAAAUGAUUGGAAAAAUUCUGAUGUUGCCCAUCACUGGUCACGGACGAGCACGGGGAAAUUACUCCGAUAUCGAUGCAAUUGUGACAAUCCAGGGCGAACGUUAUGCAGAUCGCCAAACCGAAAAAACCCACUUCAGAGUGGUCGACUUCUAUUGUGAUUUUGAAGUCGGCCAUGCCACUAUUCAUCUGGACAAUCUCUUCAACGGUGAUGAAACCCUCGCUGACGCCAUGAAUCUCUUCCUCAAUGACAACUGGAAGACAGUAGCUGCUGAGAUCAAACCAGUCCUUGAAGAAACAGUUUCCAAAUUAUUCAAAAAUUUUUCAAACAAAAUUUACUCAAAGUAUCCACUCGAUGUACUUCUACCCCCUUAAGUCAUGCCUAAAUUGGUGUUGAUUGAAAAAAUUAUAAAAUGGGCAAUGUCAAAACAUCAAAUUUUCAACUCUCAAUUAGGUGAUUUUCUCAUUU